GCGGCGCGCGGACAAUACCGGGGCGGCGGCGGCGGCGGCUCGGCCUCGAUCGGCUCAGCUCGGACGCGCUCGGCUCGGCUCGGCCUCGAUCGGCUCAGCUCGGACGCGCUCGGCUCGGCUCGGCCUCGAUCGGAUCGGCUCGGACACGUUCGGCUCGGCUCGGCCUCGAUCGGCUCGGCUCGGCUCGGACGCGCUCGGCUCGGCCUAGAUCGGCUCGGCCCGGACGCGCUCGGCUCGGCUCGGCCUGCUCCAGUCGGCCGCCUCUUGGCUCGGUUCGGCUCGGCCCCGCCCCGGCUGCCCCCCUCUGCUCGGCCCCGCUCGGCUCAGCUCGGCCCGGCUCGGCCCCGCCCCGGCUGUCCCCGCUCGGCUCGGCGCGGCGCUGCCCGGCCCGGCACCAUGCUGGCGCUCUUCAACAAGCUGCUGGACUGGUUCCGGGCGCUGUUCUGGAAGGAGGAGAUGGAGCUGACCCUGGUGGGGCUGCAGUACUCGGGCAAGACCACCUUCGUCAACGUCAUCGCGUCAGGACAGUUCAAUGAAGACAUGAUCCCAACAGUGGGCUUCAACAUGAGGAAGAUCACCAAGGGGAAUGUUACCAUAAAGCUGUGGGACAUCGGAGGGCAGCCGCGGUUCCGCAGCAUGUGGGAGCGGUACUGCCGCGGCGUCAGUGCCAUCGUGUACAUGGUGGAUGCUGCAGACCAGGAGAAGAUAGAGGCCUCCAAGAAUGAGCUGCACAACCUGCUGGACAAGCCGCAGCUGCAGGGCAUCCCGGUCCUAGUCCUGGGGAACAAGCGGGACCUGCCUGGUUCUUUGGAUGAGAAGGAGCUCAUCGAGAAGAUGAACCUCUCUGCCAUUCAGGAUCGAGAGAUCUGCUGCUACUCCAUCUCCUGCAAAGAGAAGGACAACAUCGACAUCACCCUACAGUGGCUUAUCCAGCACUCGAAGUCCAGGAGAAGCUGAGGCCCUGCUGCCCACGGCUCAGCCUGGGAAGAUGCCAUUGCCCAUGCCCGUGCCCCUCUCCCGCUCUGUCCCUCCAGCUCUCUCUAGAUGGGUAUUUUUAGGGGACCCCAGACUCCACUGGCAUUGAGGUGGAGCCCUCAUUUUUAUUGUAAAGAAGAUGUCCUCCUGCCCCGCCCUGCCCCCGGCACUGCCCCGUUGUUGUCCUGUGCACUCUCUCUGUAUAUGUACAUACUUUUAACUGUAGUGCUGUGGCCGAGCUGGGCCCUGCCAGCACAGGAAGGCUCUGGGCUCCCCACCACUGGCCAAGGCUGUGCUGGGUGCUGGGAGAAGGCAACCUCCUGGGCACGGGUCUGUGCCAGGCUGUGGGCAGGUCUCCCGAGGCUCCCUUGUCACUUCUCCAGGUGUCCUGCCUGUGCUCCCAGGGAGAGAGCACCCUGGGGGUGUUGGAAGCCUGCCCCCCUUAUCCUUCGGGCAGGGUCUGGGGGAGCAGAUGAUGCCAUCCCCUGGCUCCUUGCCCCACCACGGAGACAGCAUUAGUCACAGCCUCCCCCACCAAUGCCCCUGGCUGCAUGCCACUGGCCCAGCCCCUCCUCACCACUCUGGGCUGCAUGUCCCCUUGCCCUGUGUCCCCCCUUGCCCCUGUGCCUGGGCAGGAUCCUGCCCUGCUGCCCAGUCGUGCUGCUUGGCUGUACUGGGGCAGCAAUGCCAGGGGCUGGCAAUGCCAUAGACCACUGUCAGUGCAGGAGGGGCGUGGCAAUGCCAGCAGCCCCUGGGGGGAGUCCAGGGCUGGCUCCUGCCUCCCCAGAGGUCGCUCAGCCCCGUAUAGCCUCUUGGGGUGGCCACACUGGCCCCAUGUGCCAAAGGCAUCACCUGUGCUGACUGGGGAGUGCCAGGGAGGGGGCAUGUGGAGACACCUGGAGACAGGCAUGAAGCCAGUAGAGCCUGUGUGACCCUCAGUGCUGCCACCAGAGCUGGGAGCACCUUCCCUGUGCCCUGCUUACACCCCAGUUCUGCUGCCCUGGCUGGGGGAGCACAACUGGGUCCGGUCUGUAGGGGGUGGGAGGGAAAGCAAGAUGGGCCAGGGAGGCUGUGCCAUGUGAUGAGCUGUCGAGUCUCUGCAGGUGCAGCCUAAGGGCCUGGCCAGGUUGGCUGGGACCAGUUUGGGGAGGGGCUUAGCUGGGCUGGGGGAGGUGGACUGGCCCGAGAGGGUGGGGGUGUGGCGUCGGCAAGUCAGAGGCUCCUGGCUGGGGAAGAAGGUGGCAUUGGCCCAGGGGCAGGGGGCUGCAGGAUCACUCUCCAGCCCCUUCCUCUGCUCAGCUCCCUGGUGGUGAGGCUGCGGGGGGGCUCUUCUGUUCUUGUUUUUGCAGAAUUGCACAAAGAGAGAGUUUGGGUUUGGGUUUGGUCUUUGGUUUUUAAUUUAAUGACUGUAAAGUGUUGUCCUCUACUCCUCAUUUCUAUUUUUUUUAAGAGAUAUCCUGGCUCAGAUUUGCCCUCUGUUGGGAAAUGAUUCUUGUAACUGCCUCCUAAUAAAUUAACAACUUUG